GAAAUGGAGAAGCCGGAGUUUACGUGGCGCACUUGAAGGCAACAAAAGGGAGAGAGACACAGAGAAGGGGGGAGAGAGACCGAGAGAGAGAGAUUUGAUCAUCAGCGCUUUUCCGUUUUCUGGCCACUCGCUCUGCCUCCUCUGUCGUGUCACCAGAGAGAGAGAGAGAGGAAAAAAGAGGAAGGAAUAUGGUUUCGUCUGACGCUCCUCCCGCUUCAGCGGAUCUGUAGUACGGAGCAGGAGGCUGGGGCUCAGUCCGGCGCUAAACCCCCCUCUGUACCUGAGACAAACUCCCUUCCCUGUGACCGACCAGCCUCCAGGAGCACUGCCAGCACACCGGGACACAUAAAUGGUGGAGGCCGUGGUGGAGUUCGACUAUGAGGCUCAGCAGGACGAUGAGUUGAGCCUGACAGUGGGCGACAUCAUCGUGAACAUACGGCGCGACGAUGGAGGAUGGUGGGAGGGCGAGCUGGGCGGACGCAGGGGGCUGUUCCCGGAUAACUUUGUCAGGGAGAUAAAGAAAGAGGGGAAGAGGGAUGGAGGACAGGCCAGCAUGAUCAGAUCUGACCUCGCUAACGGCAGAGCCAGCCCCGUGUCCGACCCCGGCGUACGACCAGGAAGGAAAGGAGAGCAGAUCCGCAAACGGAGAUGUAAGGCCGCGUUCAGCUACGUUCCUCAGCAUGAAGACGAGCUGGAGCUGAAAAUAGGCGACGUCAUCGAGGUCGUAGCAGAGGUGGAGGAGGGCUGGUGGGAGGGAGUUCUUAACGGGAAGACUGGAAUGUUUCCCUCCAACUUCACCAAAGAGAUCCUGAUCGACUCGGAGACGCCGUCUUUGGACACGUCGCAGGAGGAGCUCCGCAGCAGCCGCAACAAUAAGGAAAGUCCAGGCAGUGAAAGCGAUGGAACGGACACUCGGUCAGAAACAGGGUCUGAAAUCCAGCCAAAGAAGGUUCGAGGUUUUGGCUUUGGUGACAUCUUCAAAGACCAGCCCAUCAAGCUCAGACCUCGCUCCAUGGACGUGGACUCGGAAGGGGACAAAGCCAACGAGGGGAAAUCUGCAAGCGCUGCAGCUGAAAGCAUGAAGACGGAACCCGACAGCAAAACCAAAGGGCGGGAGCAGUGCAAAGUCCUCUUUCCAUACGAAGCACAAAAUGAAGACGAGCUGUCGAUCAAAGAGGGGGAAAUCAUCAACAUCAUCACCAAGGAGUGUGCCGAUGCAGGCUGGUGGAUGGGGGAGAUCGGAGGGAGGCAGGGUGUCUUCCCAGAUAACUUUGUCAAGCUGCUAGAAGUCGAGAAAGAGAGACCAAAGAAACCACCUCCGCCCAGCGCACCGUCGGCUAAGCACACCACAGACAGAAAGCCAGAGCUCAAGAAGGUUCCUCCUGAGCGGCCCGAACACCUUCCCCAGAGAGACCAGGAUCGAGGCGAAGAGGUGAAGGUCGGAGACAUCCCCAAGCCCUCCCUCCCAACUCUCCUCCCCAAGAAACCCCUCCCUCCAAAGUCAAGCUCCUCCUCUUCCUCCCAACCCCCGCGGCGUCCCGAGAGACCGCCCACACUAGCGUGUGAAAGCCCCAAGUCUGAGGGCGGGGCUUCGACACCAGAUUCUGCCCCUGACAGGUCGCAUGACGCCGAUAUGGACCUAGACGCAGUCGUCUCAUCGACAGAGAAGCUGAGUCACCCGACGGUGUCACGGCCGAGAGUCACAGACCGCCGACCUCGCUCACAGAUUAUCACACCGUCUUCUCUGUCCAGCACCGACCUGGACUCGCCCACAGUGGAGGAAAGGAAAGAGAAGGACCGAGGGAAGGACGACCACGAGUCCGCCUCCACCAGAUCUGUCGAAGUUUCCCUGAGGAAAGGAAUCCCCACCAUCUCUGCACAUGACGGUAAAGCACCACUGCCCGCCAAGCCCUCUGUCCUGGCACCACCGAACGCCAGCCACCGCCCCGCCUCCCCGUCUUCCUCUUCGGGUCUGAGCCCCUCCCCUGAGCUCCGACACUCGCCGCUGACCCCCCCAACGCUGGAGGAACUCAGGAACCAGCUGAGAGACCUGAGGGCCUCCAUAGACCUGCUGAAGAGCCAGCACAAGCUGGAAAUGAAGCACCUGGCCAACGCGCUGGAUGAGGAGAAGAAGAUUCGUCUUAGUUUACAGAUGGAGGUAGAGCACAUAAAGAAGAGCCUGUCCAAAUGAAGCAUCCUUACUGUCAUACUCUGAUCACCACAUCGGAGGCCAUCAUUUUAAAAACAUUCUUACUGUUGGCCGAGACACUUCAGCCAAAACAAAAGUUUGUGCCAAAUGAUCGUCACGAUCAGCAACAGUUCAGCACCAUGGAGUCAGCCACCUCCCCCCCCCCCCCCCCCCCCCCCCCGACGCCGCCUUAUCCUGUGUUUACGUCUUUAUUUUUUCUUCUAAAGAAGCUUCUCUCUUCAGUUUACUGCUUUCUUUUUCGGAGCUUGCUAUGCCACUGGUACUGACUGACCGCGGCCCGUCGCUGUGUGUUGCCACGGUUUCAGAACGAUGACACGGAGCCAAGGCUGCAGCGGGCGACCUCAUCACUGGUACUUUAUGUUUCUGAGUGUGAAGGAAACUUUGACUUCCGUAGCCCGGUCGGUUCAGACGACCUCUGUGCUGUUCUGCGUCCACUCUGCGGCCUUCACCUCUUAUCUGUGUGUGUGUGUGUGUGUGUGUGUGUGUGUGUGUGUGCUUGUUUGUUUUCCAUCCAUGUGGGGACUGUAGGUGUAGAUGUUGAAAAUAGGGACAUUUUAACAUAUUAGCUGCAUUAACGCUGCAGGAACUUUCCCAGGAACUAAUGCUUUGUUCAGACAGCAAAUCAGAGGCAUCAGCAACUACGUAGCUGCGCUGGUGAUGCAUUAGGUUCCUUCCAGCAGGAAGUGUUGCCAGCAGACCUUUUUUUGGUGUCUGUCUACAGACUUUUGUCCACAGCAGUCAGCUAGUAGCAGCACUGAUUCUGCUCAACAUAUUCAUCACUUUUGAUGUGAGUUUCAUGUUUCAAGACAUAAAGUGGCCAAACAUCCGUACUUAGACACAUCUGUAGAAAUCGGAUUGGAAUCAAAUUUGAAGUCACCUCAAAGUGUAAAUAACUUGGAUCUGGUACAGGAUGUCAGGUUUUUUUUUUACGUUGCUUUGACUUUCUAAAAUCAGCUUGCUGAAAAACGAGAUGCGAGAACCUGGUUUCCACUGUAGGAAUCAGUGUCUCAACAAAGAUCCCAAGAGAUAGUUUUUCUCACCAAAAAGUCCAUACUUCAACGGGUAGUCAUCUCAACAGUAUUUGGGAACUUUCAGGUCAGAAUUUUAUUUUCCACAAUUUUUAAAUAGCCACUGUUAAAAACCUGCAACUGCAAACAAGUCAAUCCUAGUAUUUGUUCUCUAUGCUUCAACACAUUGUGGAGCUGUGGAUAAAAAUUCUGACAGCAGGACAAAUGUCAGAGUCCAGGCUUUAAGCACUUUUUUGUGUUGUCAUGCUCAAAAAAUUACAUAGGAAACAUUUUGUGCUUUUUUUAAUUUGUCCAGUCUUUAUGGAACUGUAGUGGAAACAAAAGAGGUGAAGGAAACUUUAGUUUCUUGGAAAGUUCUUGGACAUUGCGGUAUAAAUGCGGCUGUAGUUGUUGUAUUAGCUGGAUCCUGGCUUCUUCAGCAGGAUUAGAGGGGACAUAUCAUGCACAUUUCUGGGUCUAUAUUAAUAUUAUGGGCUCUACUUGCACAACUGUGUUAUUUAUCUGAGAUUUGCCCUUUCAGCUCCUGUCAUCAAGAGCCUCUUCCCAAUGAGCACACUCGGUUCUGACAAAAACAGUAACAGUCUGAUUGCAAUUCUUUUCUUUGUUUUUUUUUUUUUUUUUUAGUUUUUGCUGAAGAUGUCAACGUCUUAACUACAUUUUUACGUGUUGAAGCUUGAAAAGUUAGUUGACGACACUAACAACCCACUAAGCAACAAAUGCUACAGAAUCUGUGGCUGUUUGUGGGCUUUUGUGAAAAAUCUGAUGUCACUUUUAUGAGGAAAUGGACAUAACAUUGCAAAUGAACUGUUGCAGGGAGAAUUUUCGUACACAUUCCCUUCAAGUUUUGUAAAUUUUAUCAUGUAUAAUGAAGUAACAGUAUACAUAUGACGGUAAAUCACAAACAGCAUGAUAUGUCUCCUUCAAAAUUAGGAUUCGGUCUUAGGGUAAAGAUUACAAUCGAAACUCCAACUGUGCUCAAUGUUUCUAAGGUACACUGCAGGCGGGUGAUUCUGAAGCAUCAGCCAUUUUCAGAAGCACUAGUACUGGAAUGUACAGUUUUUCGCUAACCUUAAACAUGGCUUUUUAUUGUUUGAAUCUACAGUCAGAUAUCACACCUCUGGGAGGGUUAAACUGGCAAGCACAUAGGAAUUUUCUGUAACAGCAUAAUGAAAAAACAUUGUUGACAUGAUGAGUACUGACACUUAAGGUGCUACUUAAAGAAGUGGACGUACAUCUGGGGAAAAACAUGUCUGCAGGUGCUUAGCUUAGCUUAACAUAAAGACUGCUGCUGUGUGCAAUAGCAACAAAUUCACAGGAUACCUUGUUUGUUUCUCUAUAAGGUGUAAAAUUUACAAUUUGGGGUUUUGCAACAAUACUUUAGCACAUAACCCCUGUGCAGAUUAUACAAAUAAGGUAUACUGUGAGGUCUGAAAGUUAUGUAAACACAGAGAAAGCACAGAAAAUCUGAUAAACAUGACCGAUUAUCAGAUAAUUAUGAGAUCUGUGCCUGUUUUGAAUCAUAUGAUGAUUCAUAGGCAAGUUCUAAAGGGUUCUAAUUCUUGCCCUAUUUGCAUAUUGGACAUUUUAUAAUAUUUGCUAGGUCUCUUAUCUUUUAUCAAAAAUGAUGAAAUAGAUUAUAUUUUUCUUUUGUGAAUGACAGUCGCUUGUUACUUUUGGACACAGCCAGGCUACCUGUUUCCCUCAGUUUCCAGUCUUUAUGCUAAGCUAAGCUAACUAUCUCCAGGCUCCCAGCUUCACUUUUCCUGUUCAAACAUGAGAUCUUCUCACGUAAUUCUCAUCAUGGAUGCAAAAAUAGCACAUUUCCAUAAAUGGCAAGUUAUUUCUUUAACAAAACAGAAAACUACCCAGUGAUAUGUGACUGAAGAAAAGUAUUCGCCAUUGCACAGACACACUUGUAUGAUGUUUAUCAAGUCAAUGCCUUCUGUACAACAACCUCAUUAUUCUUUGUUUGCUUUUGCACUUUUGCUCCAUGACUCCGUAAAGCUAACCAAGCUGUUGUGCUGGCCGCAUCACAACCCUAAAACUCAAACCAUCGUCCACGUACAGGUGAUUACGGACAGGGCUCGAGGAAUGUAGUCAAUGAAAGGUCCUCACAGGUAAAAAGAAAGAUUAAAAUGUGUGUGUGCAUGUGAGUGUAUGUGUGGCAGCAUGUACGGCUGUUUGCCUCCCUUCCUUAUAUGUGCACAGAAUCUAUGGCAACCCGUCACUGUGGCCUUCCUGUUUUUGAUUCCAGAUCUUUGUUUUCGUUUCUUUUCUUUUCUUGCUGUCUUUCGUAUGACAACGAGGAAACUGCUACAACUGAGGCUACAAGUUGUUUUCUUGACUUGGUCCUUUCUCUCCAGGAUAGUGAUAAAUAUAUAUACUUUUAUAUUUCAGUGUAAUAAAGAUGCUAUUAUGUACUGUA